AAAAAACUUCAGGAUGACAUUCAGGUGAUGAGGAGAACUGGGGAAUUUGGUUGAACUCCAUAGUGAAACAUGGAUCUAGUCAAACCCAUCAACCCAAAACAUGAUACAUGCUAAAUGUAUCCUACAGCUAUAUUUAAUUUCCCCAGCUCCACCCUUUCCUAUCACAAUGUCAGUAACAUCAGAAGCAGAACCAAGCCCCAUGCUGUUGUAGCGCCCCAGCACAGCACUUUACCCAGCCUGAACGAGUCCUCCACUGCACAGGAUGGAGAUUACAAGGUUAAACCGAAUGAGAUACUGCAAAGCUCCAAUGCUGUGUACGAAGUGUUGGAGUUUAUUGGUAGAGGAACGUUCGGUCAGGUGGUAAAGUGCCUGCGGAAAGACAGCAAUGAGCUGGUUGCUGUCAAAAUUCUCAAGAAUCAUCCACAUUAUGCUCGUCAGGGCCAAGUCGAGAUUCAGAUUCUCACCCACCUGAGCAGCGAAUCGUCGGACAAGCACAAUUUUGUGAAAGCGCUGGAAUGUUUUAAACACCAUAACCACACGUGCCUUGUGUUUGAGAUUCUGGAGAAGAACCUGUUUGAUUACCUCAAGAUGAACGAGUUCUCGCCCAUGCCCCUUAACCAUAUCAGACCCAUUUUACAGCAGGUGUUGACUGCCCUGAUAAAACUGGCUGAACUCGACGUUAUCCACGCUGAUAUAAAACCUGAGAACAUAAUGUUGGUGAACGCUAACUUGGAGCCCUUUAGAGUAAAGUUGAUUGACUUUGGGAGUGCUACUUAUACUAGCAGGGCCCUGGAUAAUACGUACCUUCAGAGCAGAUACUACAGAGCACCUGAGGUCAUCCUAGGAGUUCCCUUCUCCGAGAAGAUUGAUAUCUGGUCGUUGGGAUGUGUUAUAGCUGAACUGUUUCUUGGUUGCCCUAUUUAUCCUGGUGGCUGUGAAUUCGAUCAGAUUCGUUUCAUCACGUCCACUGAAGGUCUCCCCCCAAAAGAAAUGCUGGAUGUUGGUAAGAAGUCACGACAGUAUUUUGUUCCCCCGAACAGUUUCUCUCCUAAUUGGAGGCUAAAGAGUGAUGAGGAGUAUUCUCUUGAAACUGGGACCCGACCUAAAGAGUCAAGGAAGUAUAAAUUCAAGCGGUUGCAGGAUCUCAUGUUAUUCAACGCUACGGACGCUGUAACAGAUCAGGACAAGUUUAUUGAAGAACUGGACAGGUAUCAGUUUGUGGAGCUGUUACGACAGAUGCUGUGUCUAGACCCCAAUCUCCGAUGUGCCCCCAACUGGUGUAAAACCCACGAGUUUGUGACAAUGAACCACCUGCAAGAUUACGUGCAAUGUAAACGAGUCCGUCAGGGAAUCGAGGUCAUGCAACGAGCCUGCCGCCGGGAGAAACCAGUCAAUAGAAUGCUGCUAGCCCAGCAGCAGCAGAUCAAGUACUUGCAGGCAUUGAAUCAGCAAGUUCAGCAACGAGAGCACAUUCACCAACAAUUAAAGGCUCAACAGCAACACGAUUUAAAUUGGAGUUUACACAGUGGUCCGUCAACUAGUCUACAGUACUUCAUCAGUGACAACUUGCAAACUCUGUCUGAUCGGCAGCCGGGGAUAUACCCCACACCGGACUGGAGUCCUGCCUCAGCUGACUGGCAACAACCUGAAUAUGGAACUAAAUCUCAUCCUAUCGUCAUACCUGAUUCGCCGAUCACAAGACCAGUAGCAAGCGAGCACCUGCUUCAAGAGCACCUGUACAAAGCGCAGCUGUUGCGCAAUGCGCUGAAACAAAGCACUCAGCACUCCGCACCUUCCCUCGACCUGAGCUCCCACUUCAUGAACCCGGUGAUGAACCCUGUCUCCCUGCCUAACACCCUUACUCUCACUGGUCUUACCAAUGUGCUUACCAACAGAUACUUGUAGCUACCCGUGCAAAAGAAGCACGUGCUAAAAACCGUGCGCAUUGCAUCAUGCAAUUGUCAGGGACCGUCUUGCCUCUUGGUCAUGGUUAUGUUGCAAAGUUUAGGAAACUUUCAAUACAUAGAUAAUGUGAUCUGGUUUUGUAGUAGUAGCGAUGUUGUCAUUAUUUCAGAAAUAAUAGAACAUGUAAUCCUCGAUGGCACUUGUAGACUCAGGCCGGAUCAAUCUUAGAAACUUGUAAUUGUUGCUUUUUCAGGGAACCAGGGAUUUUGUUGGGAUAAUAUAUGAUAUGGUGUAUAGAGCAACUUAUAGAUAGUUUUCAGUUGCUAUAGCAACCAAAAAGAGAGUGUUUUAGUUGCUAUAGAAUGCGAUUAAAUGAUUUGGAAAUGCUGCUAUCCAUUUUGAGGACAAUUAGUUGCUAUCUUAAAACUAUUUUCACUGUUUAGCCUAAGUUUUCGAAAUGGAUUGCAUCACUCUUAAUUUAUAUUGUAAACUUUAUAAUAUGUGAAAACAUGUGCAUGCUUUAAAGUGAUAUUGUAAUAUUGUGGCAUUAAUCUUAGUACAACACGGAUAUGUAACAAACUUAAACCUACGCGCGUUAUACUAUUAUACGCAUUUAAGGUUUUUGAUCUCAAAGCUAGAGGUUCGAGGACGAUGAACUUUUAUCGAUUUAGAACACUAUUUUCUACCACAUUUUAUAUUUUUAUCGGCAGGAAAUCUUAAAUGUUAUAGCGAAGAUUCAUUUCAAUUAAGAUCCCACUGUUAAAUUGGAAUUUUUCAAAGUAGCGGAAAGAAUAUCGUUAUAAUUAUUUCACCGCAAUACCCGAGAUGGCAUUGUAGAAUGUGCCGUACUGAAGGCAUCAAGUAAAACUUGUUCUCAAGAUCGUUCUGCAGUGAUCUAGUAUUACCACGUGCUCAAGAUUUGAAUCUCUACACUUAAAUACCCGUGUUUAAAGUUCUGUUGUUAAAAAGGCAUUGAUUAUAUGGAACCAUUGCUUUUGAUAUGCCACAAGUGCCAGAUUCAACUGUAUAAGUCAUGUUAAAAUCAUGGCUGAAUGGGUCCAAAACUUAGAUUUGUUAUUCUCAAUUUGAUGUGUUAUAUUUGUCGGUGCAUGGAAGAGCAUGUUAUUAUUAUAUUAAUGAGAAAGGGAGCUAUCGGCUAUUACCAUGUUCAAUUCUACAUGGUAUACAUUCAACAUUUUACCAAAUGUAUAAUAUAACAUUCCACCGAUAGUACAUUAAAAGACGGAUCCACAUUUUGUAUGUAAGAAAGUGAGUCCCGUACUUGGUAACGUGUGAGGGGGCCUUGCCAGUUUGGCACGUGGCACCACCUACCUUUUCUGAUUGGUUGCUCGCACUUUGGCGAGAGCUGAUUCACAACAGACUGACAUUGCCUCCCCACACACAGUUACUAUAAGCCCAUUUAAGAGAUGUAAGCUUUUAAAACUGUAUGUUACAUCCUGUAAACAUCCUAAUCUGCAGAUACUUUUCUAAAUACCAGCUCUGUUUAUAAUCUAUAUUUAUUGUAUCGCCAGAUUUUGCGAAUUAUGGCUAAAGCUGUCGUUACUUUUGAAAUAUCUCCCACAUUCAAUAUAAAGGUGGUGUGAUCAAUACAUUUUUUUCGACAAAUUCACGAAACCCCCACCAGCUCAAGUUCCUAUCACAAUUAUUUAGCGAACAUGCUCACAGAUAUUACCCAAGCUGUGUGCGGAAUACGCAGCCCCUUAUGUCACUGAUGUUUAACGUUUGUGUCUGAAUUAUAUUAAAAUGAUAUUGAAGUGCAAUGUCACGAAUAUGUAUCUUUGUAGGUUGAUUGAAAGGUUGGUUAGAAAGACGGUUUAACCAUAAUCGGUCAAUAUAAGAUUCUGUCUCUAUUAUUAUUGCUUAAAAAGCAAAUCUUCAGAGUUAAAUGAGAAUUCUAAGCUUAUAAUAAUUGACCAAGACAUGGUAUCGUUUUGUAAACUAACUUUUUAACCAACCUUUCGACUAAUCAAUAAAGGAACACAUACGUAAUAAUAUGAUAAGUGUAGUAAAGAUUAAAGAAUGUUGAAAUAUAUACAAGUGGGAUCGGAUGGAUAUUCAGGGUAGAAACCAACGGAACACAAUAAAAACAAACUUGAACACAGUAUUUAACUUAUUUAAAUUUUUUAAAUUUCCGUUGAUUUCCACUCAAAUCUCAUCCUAUUAUAUUAUUAAAACUUAUUCUGCUUCCAAGCCACCACUAUUAUGAAGGUAUGUACGAUAUGUAUUCGCUUGGUUAUUACCAAUAUAUUUUGAUAUUGCAAAGUGAUAACCGGGCCUUGUAUUGAGAGAACUAGAGAGAGAGAACUAAAGGAGAACGUCCGGGAUGAAUGUCCGGGUCUUGAGGUCGGUAUUACGUCAGGUAGUAGAUUCUUCACAUAUUUAUUAGAUAAAAUACGAACCGAAUUAAUUUCUUCAGUGCAUUUUACAUGAGA